GUAAGUGACAAGUCAAAAUCAAAAAUACAUUUCCAAAUUCUGUUCACAGAACACAAUUUUGGUUAAAUCUGAACAGAUUGUUUGAAGAGACUGUUUUAAAAACAAACAUUUACUUCUAAAUAUAUCCCUGCUAACUAUGUUAUAACAAAUAAGCCAUGUCUACGCUUAAUAUCGACGAAACAGUCCUCAAAUAUGAGAAUUUUAUCAACGAUGUUCUCAAAGAGGACCUGCGUAUACUCCAUUUAAAAUUACAACAAAUCAAUGCUGAAAUAUCUGAUCUAAUACAGCAGAAGCAUUCAUUGAAAGUUAUAACGGAUAAAAACGUACACCCUGAUGGUUUUAAAACGCAGGUGAACUUGGGAUGUAAUUUUUUCAUGGAGGCUUCUGUAACAGAUACUUCUUAUCUUCUUAUAAACAUAGGAUUGAAUACCUUUCUAGAAUUUAACUUGGAAGAAGCAAAUAAAUAUCUAGAUGCAAGAAUAAAAGUAUUUGAACAAAAGUCUGAAGAAAUGAUCAGUAAAGCUGCCGAAACUAAAGCCCAUAUUAAACUAAUGUUAUUUGGAAUAAAUGAACUGCAAGAUAAAAAGGAAGGAAAAGGUUAAAGUUUUUAUGUAAAUUAGUGAUUUAAUAAACAAGUACAUUAUAUACUUUUA